AAGUUCAGUUAUUUUCAAAAUCUAACUCUCCCUGCACCUGUAAGCUAGACUCCACCGUAACAGCUUCAAUACAAGUAUAUGUAUUCAGCUUCUGUCGAUCCUUCGUGUUACAAAUCAAAUAGGCUUGCUACCUAGCUGGAGUAGUGAAGCCUAACAUGAAGCGCUCAGCGUCCUUGCAGCUGCUUCUAUCAUCACUGUUCCUUGGCCUCAACCUUGCAACCACGAGUGAUGGCGACGGACCAUUCACCUACACCGGGUUCGCCGGUGCCAACCUCAGCCUCGAUGGCAUGGCGACCGUCACACCGAGCGGCCUCCUCCGGCUGACCGACGGCAACGGGCAGGACAAAGGUCACGCGUUCCACCCUGACCCGCUGCGCUUCCGCAAGGCACCCGGCGGUGCAGUGCAGUCCUUCUCCGUCUCCUUCGUGUUCGCCAUCCUCUCCAUCUACCCCAACUUGAGCUCGCAGGGCAUGGCCUUCCUUGUUUGCCCGACCAAGAACCUCUCUGCCACGGGGACGAGGGGGUUACUAGGAAUCUUCAACCGCCAGAGCAACGGCAACGCAAGCAACCAUAUCUUCGCCGUCGAGCUUGAUACCAUCCAAAACAGCGAGUUCCAGGACAUCAACGACAACCACAUCGGCAUCGAUGUUAACAGCAUCCUCUCAGCUGAAUCCUACUACACCGGCUACUAUGAGGACAGCCAAGGUGAUUUUCGAAAUAUCACACUAAAUAGCCAUGAGGCGAUGAAAGUAUGGGUAGAUUAUGAUGAAGAGACCACCAAGAUAAGUGUGACCAUUGCUCCUCUCAAGAUGUCCAAACCCAUUAGGCCACUCCUCUCAACAACCUACAACCUAUCUAUAGUGCUCACAGAUGAGGCAUAUGUCGGCUUCUCGUCCACAACGGGGAACAUCGAUUCACAACACUAUGUGCUCGGUUGGAGCUUUGGUAUGAACCAACCUGCUCCAGCCAUUGAUGUAACCAAGCUACCAAAGCUACCUGGCGAGGGUCCAAAGAAACAUUCUUCCAUGCUCAUGGAAACAUUUCUACCAAUAGCGACUGGGAUAUUCGUUCUUGCGAUAGGUGUUGCCAUCCUCCAAUUUAUGCGGAGACGAUCGAGGUUUGCCGAGCUGCGGGAAGAUUGGGAGAUCGAGUUUGGGCCACAUCGGUUCUCCUACAAGGAUCUGUUCAGAGCAACACAAGGUUUCAAGGACAAGUACCUGCUUGGUGUAGGGGGGUUCGGGAGGGUGUACAGAGGGGUGCUUCCAUCGUCCAAGUUGGAGGUUGCAGUGAAGAGGGUGUCUCAUGAUUCAAGGCAAGGUAUGAAAGAGUUCAUUGCCGAGGUUGUUAGUAUUGGCCGCCUACGACAUCGCAACCUAGUGCCACUGCUUGGCUAUUGUCGGAGAAGAGGUGAACUUCUCUUGGUUUAUGAAUACAUGUCAAAUGGAAGCCUUGACAAGUAUUUGUACGAACAAGAUGGCAAGCCGUCUUUGAACUGGGUGCAUAGAUUUCACAUAAUCAAAGGCAUCGCCUCAGGUGUGCUUUACCUUCACGAGGAGUGGGAUCAAGUUGUCAUCCACCGAGAUAUCAAGGCAAGCAACGUGCUCCUCGACGCCGAGAUGAAUGCCCGACUCGGUGACUUCGGUCUAGCGAAGUUGUAUGACCACGGCAUCGACCCACAAACCACACAUGUUGUUGGCACCAUGGGCUACCUAGCACCGGAGUUGGCACGGACAGGCAGAGCAUCCCCUCUCACCGACGUGUUUGCAUUCGGGGUGUUUCUUCUUGAGGUCACCUGUGGGCGGAGACCUGUUGAACAGACCAAACAGGUCGACAAUGGAGUAUCGAUGUUGGUUGAUUGGGUGCUCGAGCAAUGGCACAAAGGAUUACUAGCGAGGGCAGUGGAUCCUAGGCUACAAGAUGAGUUUGACACUCACCAGACAAGCCUGGUGCUGAAGCUAGGGCUGCUAUGCUCCCACCCAGUUCCUGAUGCAAGGCCUAGCAUGCGACAGGUCAUGCAGUACCUGGAUGGGGACAUGAAAUUGCCAGAGCUAAUGCCAGAAAGCCUUAGCUUUGGUAUCCAAGCCUUGCUGCCGAGUGAAGGGUUCGACUCACACAUCAUGUCGCAUGCGUCAACAUUGAGCGAUGGCGCAUUUACCGGCAUCUCAGGCGGGAGAUGAACCCGUGGUAAGCUACAAGUAAACUGGUAAGAAAUUUUACAGUACUGUACAUGUGUGCAUGCUUCACAAGCUGCAGGAUUAUCGAUGUAAGCAUGAAAUUGCCCUUAUCAUCUAGAUAUAAUUAACCAUGGGUUGCUGUCGUGGGAUAUGUACCUCUUAAGUUGACCAUCCUUUUUCUUCCUAGAGAGGAUUAUUCUACGUAUACUUAUGGGAAAUGUAGCAGUAUUCUACAA